GUUUAUUUAUCUGUCAAGAACAUGCAUGCCAAUAGACGAGAACGUCAAAAAAGGCUAUGAGGUGUCAUUGAAAAGUCAACCAUCAGCUGUUAGCUGUGAUCAACUUAUCAUAGAACGUCUGUGCCAUUCGAAGUUUUUAUCAAUUGUUUUUAUAUCAUGAGAUUGUUUCACUAUUUGAAAACAAAUCAGUCUCAAUUGCAUAAAUCGAUAAAGAAUAUGGAAACAACUGAUGGGAGAAAUUAUCUUGUUACACAAAUUGGGAUAUAAUGGAUCAAACUAUGAUAAGUGAGAGUGACUGCUGCGGUAAUGGCUGUGCCAAUUGUGUGUUAAAUGUGGGAUUUCGGAAAACUUCUAAUGAUAAUCUAGAAGGAAAACAGAACGUUAUUUCGGAGUAUCAAAAAUUUCGACUCCUAAGGAAAUAUCCACAUAACCCCAUGGGCAGAGACGAUGGUAAUGGAAAUUGUGAUAUAGUCGAAGUAAUUGAGCUUCAUUUUUGUGUUUCUGAGUUGCCAGACGGUGUGGGGGAUUUCGCUUUGGUGAUACCAGUAGGUUGUCACGUAAUGAUGCGUCACCGUUUACCUACUGGUUUAGUGUGCUUAAGACCCUAUUCUCCUUUUUGGGUGGAAACUAUGGCGAUGGAAUUCAAAAUCCUUGUAAAUCUCACCCCUAAUGGUGAAAUGUCUCGAUUUAUUAAAGAUGUGAAGAUUGGUGAUUUUGUCGAAUUUCGUGGUCCUAUAGGUGCUUAUGAAUAUUUUAGUAACACUAAAACUGAACGCAAUGUUUUUAUUAUAACGCAAGGCGUUGCCAUUGCAGCAACCAUCCGCAUUGUUAAAGAUAUCCUGGACAAUGAAGAAGACUUUAGUCAGGUUUUUCAAUUAGCAUGUUAUAAAGAUAUAGAACAUGCUUUCUUUCGAGGGGCGUUACGAGACUUCAAUAAGUAUUGGAACUAUAAAAGUCGCAUAUAUCUCGCACAUCAGAAAUGUCCGCAAAGUAUGUGUAAAACAGUUGAAUGCAGUGGAGAAUGUACCUGGUUUCAAAAAAAAUUGUGGUAUAAAGAAAAGGCUUAUUUAUGUCGUUUGACUGAAUCUGAAUUGAGUGAUAUAUGCAAAGGAAUUGUCGAUAACGACAUAGAAUUAGUUUUUAUAAUUGCUGGCUCAAACAAUUUCCAAGAAUCUGUUACUAAUAUUGUCAAAAAAUUAACGUUACAAUCUUUAAAUACCAAAUUUGUUUUACUGUAGAUGAAAUUUAAAUAAUAUAGAGAAAUUACAAAUG